AUGCGCCAGAUCCGCUCCGUAGGUCCAGAGGCUUCCCAGGCCGACGCAGAGGUGCGCAACACACUCGCCCAGCUGCUGGCUCGGCUUCUGUCGAGGAAAGCAGCGCAGCAGCAGCGGUCCUCCCUGAGCAGCAGAGCCAGUGGACCCGUGCCCGGACACAGGAUAAAGGACAGAGACUACCUGGGCUGGAUGGACUUUGGCCGACGCAGCGCUGAGGAGUAUGAAUACGCCUCCUAA